UCAGUCUGGCUCCUCAUUGACUUUUACGCAAGGACGACAAACAGACCACACUAGUGGAGAAAUAGUUUGACCUAAUUACCGAACACGAACACCAUUUAAGUGCAGAUCGUUAACUACAUUAUAGUCACCAAUUGCGUAGUUCCCGUCGAAACUUCCCCUCGCCAACAACGAUGGAUCCCUGCGUGGACGAAGCGAAAAUUGUGAAGGAAAUCCUCCACGCCGGAACCAAGGUGGUCCCGUUUUGCGAUGGCACCAAGAUCAAGUUCCACUACCAGACUCGCAAACUGGACGGGACCGUGCUGGACGACAGCCGGGACACUGCCAAACCGAUGGAGCUGGUGCUGGGCAAGCAGUUCAAACUGGACGUGUGGGAGGUCUGCGUGCAGAAGAUGGCCGUGCACGAGGUGGCCAAGUUCCGGUGCGACAAAUCCCUGCUGCAGCAGUAUCCGUUUGUAGCGAAAACAAUUCGGGAUUCGUUGAAGCCCACCGAUCAGCGGAAGCACUGCUGCGGAAUGACCAUCCAGAACGAGGGGAUCGGGUACAAAGACUUGGAUGAGAUCUUCAACAAUCCGCAGGAUUUGGAGUUUAUUCUGGAGGUGUUGUCGAUCGAGAGACCGGAGGAAUAUCAGAAGGAUUCGUGGCAGCUGAACGACGAGGAGAAGCUGGACCAGGUGCAGCGGCAGAGGGAAAAAGGGAAUGAGUGCUACGCGAGGAAGGACUAUGAGGGGGCGACGGAGGCGUAUUCGUUCGCUACUGGACUGGUAGAGCAGUUGAUGUUGAAGGAAAAGCCAAACGAAUCGGAGUGGUGUGAACUGGCCCGGCUUAAGGUGCCCCUGCUUUUGAACUACUCGCAGUGCAAACUGUUGGACAACGACUACUACGCAGUGAUCGAACAUUGCAGCGAAGUCCUGGACAAGUACGACAACGCCAAUGUGAAGGCCCUGUUUCGGAGGGCAAAGGCCCACGUGGGUGCUUGGAAUCCGGACCGAGCGAAGGAGGACUUCCAACGGGCAGCCGAGCUGGAUCCGACGCUGGCGGGGGCCGUUGGUAAAGAGUUGAAAAACCUUCAGGAAAUGAUUCGACUGAAGGACGUCGAGGAUAAGUUGAAGUUUCAGAAGUUGUUCUGAGGAUAAGGGGUUCAGUAUUAAGUUGCUCGGGUGGGUGGGUGUG